UGUGAGCAUGCGCAGUAGCACUGUUAAAUGGCUGUUAAAUGUUUGUUUGGUUAUUUUGAAGUUUUAUUCCAAGAAUUCAGGAUCUAAUGUAGCCACUUGCCCAUUCCAACAUCAGUGUCCUAAAACGAAGUGAAACUUCCUGCCAUUUACAUUGUUGCCAUAAAUGAUCCAUCCAGAUGCCAGAGAUUAGACACAAUAUGGACAUCGAUACUGACCGGGUUCCUGUCCGGGAUGCAAAUUCCCGGAAGAGAGCAAAAAUGAUUGCAGAAGAUGCUGAUCCCUUAGCCCAAAGAGAAGCGCACACCCGUGCCACGGUGUCAAAAUGGACCCGUGAAGACCUCGAAGACAAGUACCUCCGAAUGUACGAGGAGAAUAUCGUCUUGAAAAAACAUGCGAGGAAGCAGGAGGAUAAAAUCAAAAGAAUGGCCACAAAGCUUUUACGUCUUGUCAGCGACAAGAAGAAGACUGAGCACAGUGACAAGGGAAGUGGGGGCCACAAAGGACGAGAUAUAGAGACAGAAGAAAUGCUCGAAGACCUGCAUGGGAAGAUCAGAGAAUUAGAGAAACAUAAUGCACAGCUCAAAGACAAGCUUAUGGUCACAAAACAACAGUUGACCAUCACUGGCACCAGACACACACCGUACCCUAAUGCUCAGUCAAGAAUUAACACUGGCAUUGCCAAACACCAUCAUAGUGAUGCCAGGGUGACCAAGAAUAUCCGAGUGCAGGGACCAUCUCCAGGACUCACCGGCACAGCCAGAGCUCAUUCACCUACAUUACCUAGAUAUGGACACAGCUUACUGGAAGAUGCCCGCUUUGAGAUCAGGAAACAGGAAAGAACGAUAGAGGAGCUGAACGAACAGAUCAACAUCUACGAGCAGGAUGUAGAAUUUGUAAAAGAGCAGAUGAGAAUGAGAGAGGCAGAGUUCGAGGAGGACCUGUUGAAGAUCAAACAACAAGCGACUGCCGGGCAGCGGGCGACCGUCCAGGAGAAUGUCGAUAUGAUUCGGCUGCAGCGCGAGGUCAAGGAGAAGUCUAUGAAGCUGACGUCAUUGACGACGAAAUAUCAGCAUAUGGAAGAUAAACUCCACACGAUGAAGACGAGUCAUGACCAGUUGCUGAUGGAAAUGGAACAUCUGAAUCAUCAGUUGAACCAGGAGCAGAAUAGGGUACUGACGCUACAGAAUGAACUCAAGGCUGGUUCCGCCACGCAGCGUAAAAUUUACGAGCUUGAGGAGCAAGUGGAGUCGUUCAAGAGGGAUAAUGCUGUCCUUACGGAGGCUAAUGAGAAACUUGUCACAAGUGCCUUUGACCUCGAGAGGGAGAGAGACUGGCGGCAGAGAGAGAACGCCCUGAAGGUCCAGAUCGCACAACUGGAGGCGACACUCAAAGCUGACGUCGGAGAGAAGGGUGGCAUAAUUGAUAAAUAUGCUGAAGAGAGGGAUGCCCGUGACAAGGCUGAGAAGGAACUUAGCGAGAAACAGAUUCAGUUUUAUGAACUGAAAGAAGAACAUGACGAACUCAAAGAAAAGAUGAAGUUCUUUACUAAGGAAAGUGCUGUCGAUUUCACUGAGAUUGAAGAAACUUUGGUUCUGGUGAAACAAAAGAAGGAGAAGGGAGAACAGGAACUGGACUUCCUACAGAAGGUGGAUGGUGAGACAAGAAAAGACUACCAGAAGCAGUUGACCAUGCUUCAGGCCGAAUACGCCGAGACAAUAAAUGAGCUCGAGAAGACGCGAAACAUGUUAAUCGUCCAGCACAACAUCAACAAAGACUACCAGAUUGAAGUGGAGUCAGUCAGUCGCAAGAUGGACGAGAUUAAAUUAGAAUACGAGACAAAACUUGACGAGUACGCCAAACUAUUAGACAUCAGAGCAGCUCGGAUCAAGAAACUGGAAGCUCAACUCAAGGACAUUGCAUAUGGAACAAGGCAGUAUAGAAUCACAGAAGAUGAUGAUGCGAUGUCUGAUACUGAAGAGUUUGACGAGACAGUUCACUUGGAGCGUGGCCAGAAUCUGUUUGAGAUUCAUAUCAACAAGAUGAUGCUGUCUGAUGAAGGCCUGCGGGCCAUGGGGGAUGAGGAACCAGCCGUCUUCUGUACCUGGGAGUUCUACGAGUUUGAAAUCCAGGCAACAACUGUGAUGAAGAGUGGCAGACCUGAGUUUGACUUCACGUCUCAAUAUAUUGUCAAGGUGGAUGAUUUCUUCCUUCACUAUCUACAAAAGGAAACUACCACAGUUGAGCUGCACCAUGCCUUUGGGACAGAUUAUACAACGGUGGCAGUCUGCCAGUUACAGUUCAAGGACAUAUUUGACAAGACACACGGCCGAGUCCAUGGGGUUGCGCAGCUCAUUGGUACGGACAGCGGUACUGUCGGUCUGAAUUACGGAAGCGUCGAGUACUGGAUAAGGUUGAGGGUCCCAAUGGAUCAGGCACUGCGCUUGUACAAGGAGCGUACUAAGGCCCUGGGUUACAUCACAUCCAACCUCAAGGCAACAGACCAAGCCCUUCAAGCCCUUGAUGAGACAGCCAGGGGCAGACCAACGGACAAUGUCAAUGAGAUGCAUGUCAAGUUGAUCAGGUGCACGGGUGUCAAGGCCAGGAGAGAAGGUACCCAGCCAUCGCCGUACGCUGUGUACAGAUUCUUUGACUACCCAGAUCAUGACACGACCAUAGUUCAAAACAGUAACAACCCUGAGUUCAAUGAUCACAAGUCCUAUCCUAUCCCGAUGACGGUCGACUUGGAUAAAUAUCUGAAAGGCCAGUCGUUAAUGGUUUACGUGUUUGACGACACUGACCCCGAGGAAGCAGCCUACCUCGGCGUGGCCACUGUCCCCCUGCUGCCCCUCGCCCACGACAAAACAGUCAAAGGAACGUUUGAAUUGAGGCAGGCUGAUGGUUCGGUCAAUGGUAGCGUGGACGUCCAGUUGAAGUGGCAGUACUCGUAUAUGCCUCCGAAGACUUCCACCAAGACUGCAGCACAGCUCCUGGCCAGUGGUCCGGCCGAAAAGCCUGGGCACCCGGUCCUCAUGCCAGGUGAGGACUUGUCCAAGUCACCAGACGCCCAGGCUACGAGCUUUGCCCUGCCCGCCCCACAGGCAGCGUCAACCCCCAUGAAGUCAAUGGCAAAGGCUAAGGCCAGGCCGCAGGAAAUGAGGGUGACGUUCCCACCUCCGUCGUUAGAGCAACCGAAAGAGGGUCCGGUACAACCGAUAGAGGAAUACAUAUCACCAGCCCAGGCGGCCCAGGCAGCUUCAGAGGUACAGGAGGAAUAUGUCACUGAAAUGCGUUUGGAAAAGAAGAAGCCGACAAUAACGCUGACUGAGAGCUCUAAAGACGGCCUGACGGUGACGUACGGUGAGCCAGAGUUUGGUCAGCCACAGAGACCAGUCCCUAAGCCAAGAACAGAUGAGAAUGAACUCGAGGAGUUGGCUGCAAUCGCAGCACGCCUUGAACCCACCCCGCCGGAGCCUGAGAGGAUGGAAGUGGCGGCGCCACAGCCUGAGGUGGAGGAGGAAGACGUGACGAAGGCCAAGGGGACAAUCGCUGCUGCCAUCAGGAAAAAAAGAGAGGCAAAGGCAGCACGGGAAGAAGCUGCUAAAGCAAGCUUAGAGGAGCAGGAGCCUGAGGCUAGCUUUGAUGCAUCCGUCACCCCAGAAGACACCGAGUCUGCUCUAUAUAGUGAUAUCGUGAAAGGUAGCAGCACGGCUGACAGUCAUCCUGAACCUGAGGUGGAGGACGAAGAUAAUGUAGACGGUGGUGAAAAAAGUGAUAAAAAGAAAGGAAAAUUCUCCCUGAAGGGGAUAUUUGGGAAAGGAAAGAAAGAAAAAGAAGAGAAGAAGAAGGAAAAGAAAAAGAAAGAGGAGCCAGUUAAGGAAAUCACGCCUCCAGUGGUUAGGGUUGAGGAUGACGAUGAAGACACCGAGAUAGAGGAAGAACUCGAACAUGAUGACGUCACCGAAGAGCGACCGGCUGAAACUGGAGAGUCGAGUAUGGAGUCGGACAGCGAGGGAUUGGUCCUGAUUGGGCAAAGGAGUAAGAAUAAGUCGGCCAGCGUGAAACAAGCCGACUCUGUCACAGUGACUAUCGCGUCGUUCAGCCUCGAGGAAGGAACGUCCAUUUUCACGGAGCCAAGUGUUCAGAUGCUUUUCGUUGAAUACCGGUUCCUUAAUUGUCCACCAGACGAAUUAGAGACGCCGUUCUCAUUACCAAAGCCACAAAAUCCACACAUGCCUAUCGUCUUUAACUUCCAGAAAAUAUUUCACGUCGACAUGGAGAGAAACUAUGAGAAACGCCAACACCUGGCGAGCAUGUUAUUGCCAGACCAUCCUGAUGAUGGACGGAUCUGUUUCACUGUUGUGAGUGAGCCCACCGAGGACAACCAGAGUGCUGAGUGCGAGGACAUCGGGUCAGCUUUCGUUAGUGUACGAGAUAUUCUCAAGUCGGGCAAGAAUAUCUAUGAAAAGGAUAUUCCUGUGUUUGAUGUUCGAGAUGGGAAGAGUGUGAUCGGAUCUCUCAAUGUUACUGUCGAAUGCCUUGAAGCUAUGAAAGCUGUGCAAGAGGAACUCCAGUAGUCUUUUUGAUGCCCCACACAUAGGCCUACAGAACAGUUUUGAUAGUAGAUAACCAACAUGAGGUUUUUACGGUCUGGCCCUUCAAGGGAAGCCGUGAGUUCCCUUUUUAAUUUACGGGAUUGCAUGGAAAAUGAAAUAAGAAAGCUUCAAACAGGAUGCACAACCUGACUUUUACCUUUGCGAAUCAGUUAUUUGCAAAAUAAAAUGUCUGCCAAGAUUUGGUGAGGGAAUCUAUCUGAUGAAGACUUCAAAGUACACGUCCAGAAAUGUUUUAAUAUUUUAACCAAUCUUUGAUCCUGCCCAAGUAAUCCUUGUGUAAUGUGCUUCUUACUAUUUGAGCCAUUUUUCGCUUCGCCAAAAGUACUUUAAGCGCAAUUUUAUAUUGAAGCACGUCCAAAGGUAUCGUUAAUGUUAUUUCCGUCCAUUUUGAUUAUUAGAUAGUCAGUAUUUAGUUUUAUUGAGGACAGUAGAUGUUUCAAAUGUAGUUCAUUGCUGUAAUGAAAUGUGACCCACCAUGACAAAACAGGUCGCAUGUCGCUCUGAGCUUGACAGGUUGAGACAGACUGGUUGUUCAUUUCACCAUUGUCUGCCUUUUGUAAAAUCGGAGCAUAUCAAUUUCUUCUAUUAUGUCCUGGUGUCAUUUUAGGCUCCUCUUCUGUGCGACAUGCGACUCAUUUUGUCGUGGUGGGUCACAAAUGUAUGUAUUGUGUAAAUGGUAAAUCUUUGUAAUCAAUAGCUGCUCGUUUUUAGUACAUAUCAUUUGAGGGGAGCCUCUUAAAGGCCCAUUUUACCUGUAUAUGCAUCUCAACCUGCUUAAUUGUGUUGACACAAUAUAUAUUCUUUCAUAUGAAACUUUGGAAGUCUGAAGUAUCUGAACCCUCACUUAAGCGCAUGACCAAGAAUGAGUGAUUUGAAGUGAAACUCUCUCAAAUUCUCCAAGCCAUUUUCGUGCUUAUUCUUGCAAGCUCAGUGCCUAGUGCAUAUAUACCGGUAUGCAUGCUUUUAGAUAGAUAUUUAUUUCAUUUUGUACUGUAAUGUAGACAUUUUACUCUCCAGAUCAUGUACAUGAAUGUUUAUGUAUAUAGAACCCAAUUACAUCAUGUAGAUAAAGAAACAUUGAAA